UUCCGGGAUGCUUUAGAUGCUUAUAGUCGUGCGAUUCGUUUGAAUCCAUACAUCAGUGAAGUGUGGUACGACCUUGGUACUCUAUAUGAAUCCUGUAACAAUCAGAUCAAUGAUGCUCUUGACGCGUAUCAACGUGCUGCGGAAUUGGAUCCAAGUAAUCCACAUAUAAAACAACGUUUACAAAUGUUGAGAUCUCAACAAGCAGGUGGUCAAACAUCUGCUCCAAUUCCUCAAGAUGUGAACCCUCAAGCGUAUCAAUCUAGUAAUGGUCCUCCUAACAUGCUUGGUGGUAAUACUCCAACAUUCGCUCAACCUACUCCUGGUCCUCCAGGCCCUCCUGGCAUGCCAGGAUAUGGUAGACAAGUUGAUAAUCGUCAAAGUCAUACUCCUGUUCCUAUUCUAUCAUCUAUUCAUGGCCACGUUGAAGGUUCUCAUCGUGAUUUACCUCCAAUGAAUAGAAGAAGUAGUCCUGGUCCAAAUACUUAUACUGCUCCGCCACCGCCUCAUAUUCGUGAUAGACCACCAACUCCACCUAAUCAACCACAUACUCUUAAUCCCGUAAUGCCACCACAUGAUCAGAGAUCAUUGACUUCUCACCAGUCUCAACCACAACCACCGCCACCUUUACGCCACACUCCGGAUAAGCGUACAUCUCCUUCUCCACAACUUCCUCAAAUUCAAAUGCAAGAUGAUCGACAUCCAAGACAUUCCCCUCAAUUAUCUGAAUCAUAUCAAUUGAGACCUAAUUUUCCUCCUUCCCCACGGAUGAUACCUGACCACGAUCCUGAUGUUUUUGAUAAAGUUAGCAAGUCAGAGGAACGAUCUAGUAAUGGUGUUUCUACUUAUCAUCCAUCUGAGUCGCUCACUUCAACACAUGAACCCCUUCCACCUCUUAAUUUUAAUGAAAAUCGUGAUAAUUUGGAACCAAUAAUGAAGAGAUCUGAUGAACAAUCUCUCCGCCCAACUGAUCAUACAAGACCACCACCACCACUUACAAGUAGUCACC